CUCUCGCCCACUAACCCACGUUCUCUACCUUUCUCCUCUAGCUCCCCUCCUCACUCUCUCAGCAUGCUCCCCGUCCUCCUCCUCCUCGCUGGCGUCGCCACCGCAACCCCGCUCAACCCCUUCCACAACCUCUUCGCGCGCCAGGCCGUGCCGAGCGCGACCCCCUCCGACCUCGGCAUCCCGCCCGCGUGCACCGCGUCGUGUGCUCCCUUCCUCACCAUCUACAACGCGUGCCAGACCGGCGCCAUCUCCGAGUGUCUCCAGGUGUGCCAGCCGAACAACUUCUCCGGUUUCCAGGCUUGCGCAACCUGCGUCCUCACCUCGCAGGGCGCGACCACCGCCGAUGUCCAGAACGCCCUCAUCCCCGUCGAGCAGGCGUGCGCGGCAGCCGGCGCGCCCAUUGGUACCGUCGGUGCGGCACCAACUGGCGCGGCCACUGCCACAGCUGCCGGUGCGGCUGGUAGCGCCGCCGCGACCGGUGCGGCCAGCCCAGGUGUCGGCACCGUCGCUGGCGCUGGUGCGUCUGGCACCAGCGUUGGUGUGGUGAACCCCAGCGCCGGUGUCGGUGCCGUUUCGACCCCUGUUGCCGGUGCCGUCGGAUCCGCCUCUGCCCACCCGUCGGCCCCCGUGUCGGCAAGCGCCAGCGCCUCGGCUGGCGCCUCUGCCGCCGCCGCCAAGUCGUCGGCCAACAAGCUCGCUCCUUCGGCUGCCCUUGUCGCGGUCGGCAUCGUCGCCAUGCUCCUUCAGUAGGCUGCAUAGGCAUAAUUAUGGACAUUAUCGGUAC